GCGACUGGGAUAUGAGAUGGAGGGAAAAUCAGCAAUGCGCAGCUCCCCGAAAUGACGAUCCCACCCUCACCCUUACAUCCCCGAACAGGACGCGUGCUGCGGUGGUACCCUCAAUACAAUACCCCCUCUUUUCUCUGUCUGUCCGUCUGUCUCUCUCUAAACCCUUGUUGUCUGUCUCUCUCUAAACCCCCAAUUUCCUAAUCGCGGCAUUGUUCGGAUUUCGGUGCCUCUGCAUACGUACAGCUCUCGCGAGCUUGUACGCAGUGUUGCAGGUUGGGGUUUCGAUUGAAGGCGGUGAGAAACUUCGGUUUAUGGUCUUUUUCCUUCCCCGAUGCUUUCGAGCUUGUCGAGUGGAGUAUGUGAUCUUCUGUGCGAUGUGAAUAUCUGAAGCUCGAUCGUGCUUUGUGGUUAUUUUUGCCGUGUGGGUCUGUAUCAGAAUCUGACGGAGGGUUGUCAAAUUAGGGCUUGUGGGAGCGAUGAGAGAGGUUUUGAGAUCCGGCGACGGGGCUGAGAAGGCAGGGGACGGUGAAGUGACUGAGAAAGACGAUGUUGAUACGGGUUUGAACAUGAAAGACGGCAUGGAGAAGAAACGAGUAGAUUUCGUUGAAAGUGAUCUGGAUUGCGUCAAAGACUCAUCUGUUUCUUUGAAGGACGGAAAAAUUGACAGCGGGUCAGAAGACGUUGAGACUGGAGAAGAUGCUGCUGUCAAUGCUGAUACAGCUGGCCCUAAAAUUACGACAGGGCAAGGGGAGAGGAAAAGGAAAAGGACCCAGAGUUCUGACGUGGAAGAAGUUAAAGUGAACUUAGUUCAAGUGAAUGGCCAUGAAAACAAAAGUACUGAUGAUAAUGAGAAGCAAGGGCAAGUUUUAGUUUUGACUGAUCCAGCAAGUGUUGAAGAUUCAUCGUCCUCCCCAGGGAGAGCAACUGAAGGGAAGGCAAGUGGGUCCUGGGUCGAAUGCAAUGAGAAGGGUGAUGAAAAUGCUCAUGGAGACAACCAUAUUGGUACUGCUAAAAUUAAGACCUGGCGAAGAGGGAGGAAAAGGAAAAUAGUAGAGAGUUCUGUUUGCAGCCAAGAAGGGGGCACACAGGAAAAGAAGGUUAAAUCUGAUGUUACGAUUGAAUUUGUUGGUAGGAUUUUGAGGUCAAGGACAGUGGCAAUGAGGGGUGCUGACAGCGACAUGGCUGAUAGUGGAGUGGCUGAAGGUUUGAUCAAUGUCAAGGAAGAGAAAGAAAUUGAUGCUUCAAGCAAGAAAGUUAUUGAAAUGGAAAAUGAUAUAAAUGCCAAGUCAAUGGGCAGUAAAAAGGAAAAAGGACGUCGAGGGAGACCCCGCAAGGUGCAGCAGGAAAGUCCUAUGGGAAACAGUGAAAAAGUAAAAGGACGUCGAGGGAGACCCCGCAAGGUGCAGCUGGAGAUUUCUAUAGAAAGAAGUCAAAAAUUAAAAGGACGUCGAGGGAGGCCCCCCAAAGUGCAGCAGGAAAGUCCUUUGGAAGGAACUGCUCAAUCAGUUGUCAAGAAACAGAAUACAUUGAAAGGACGUCGAGGGAGACCUCCUAAGGUGCAGCAGCAAAGUGCACCAUUGAAAAUGACUGUGAUUGGAAAGCAGCAGAAAGUGAGGUCCAGAAAAGACCAUGAUCAAACAAAGUCCGAUGAUGUCACUAGAGGUUCAAAGUUUGUGGAUGGUGGAAAGCAUAUCAAGGUAGCCAUCCCUUCACAUCAAGGAGGGCAGGAAGUCUCUGUGAAGUUGACAGAACAGGACAAUCCCAAGGAAGGAGGAGAAUCUAGGAUGCGCAGAAGUACAGUAAAGCAGUUGUUGAGAGAACGAAUAAUUGCUAUGCUUAAGAGUGCUGGCUGGACAAUCAAAUACCGGCCCAGGUUGCGCACGCAAGGUAGUGAUGCUGUGGGAAAAGGGGAUGGUCAUGCUGUGCGCAAAGAGUAUAAUGAUGCUAUCUAUGUGAGUCCUCAAGGAAAGGGUUACUGGUCAGUGACAUUGGCAUACAAAAUUCUUAAACAAGAAGUUGAAAAUGGUAAUGCUGAUAGUAGUGCCAUUUCCGCAUUUACUCCAAUUCCGGAGGAGGAAUUUAGCAAAUUAUUUAGGAUAACAAAGAAAAAAUUGGAACUAAAAAUGGUGAACAAAGGAAAAAGAGGCCGUGCAAGUAAGACAAGUGAAGGAGUUAGAGGAAAGAUAUUGCCCAGGGGCUUGAAAAGAUCAAAUGGUGGGGAGAGACAAAAUAGAAGAAGAUGUGCCCUGUUGGCUCGUGACUCAAUGAAGGAUUUGGAUCCCAGCAGUGAAGGCUUUGUACUAUACGAUGGUAAGCGCAAUCUUAUUUCCUGGAUGAUUGACUUGGGAACUGUUCCCCUUAACGGUAAGGUUCAAUACAUGAACCGUAGAAGGUCUCGCGCAUUGCUUCAGGGCAGGAUAACCAGAGAUGGUAUUCAUUGUGACUGCUGCAAUGGAACCUUUGCGGUUGCAGAUUUUGAGUCUCAUGCUGGAAGUAAACUCGCUCAGCCUUUUCAAAACAUAUAUUUAGAGUCUGGAAGUUCUCUUUUCAAGUGCCUGUUUGACUCAUGGAGUAAACAUGAGAGGUUGGAGUGCAUUGGAUUCCAUUCAGUUGAUGUUGAUGGUGCCGAUCGAAAUGAUGACACAUGCAACAUGUGUGGGGAUGGCGGUGACUUAAUAUGUUGCGAUGGUUGCCCGUCAACUUUCCAUCAAGAUUGCUUAAAUAUCCAAAAGUUCCCUUCUGGUGAAUGGUACUGUGUAUACUGUACUUGCAAAUUUUGUGGGAUGCUUGGUGAUGCAUGCCAAAGCGAUCAGAAUAUACGUGGCUCUGCACUGGUUGUUUGCUCCUUGUGCGAGGAAAAAUACCACAGACUCUGUGCUCAGGGAAAGGAUGCAGCAUUUCUUGAUUCCAGUUCUUCAUCUUUUUGUGGGCGAAAAUGUCAAGAGGUCUUUGAUCGGCUACAGAAGCUUCUUGGGGUUAAGAAUGAACUGGAAGAAGGUUUUUCGUGGACUCUUAUUCAGCGAUCUGAUAUUAGCCAAGAUACAUCUUGUAGUAAUGAUUCUCAAAAAGUUGAAUGGAACUCAAAGUUAGCUGUUGCAUUUUCUGUGAUGGAUGAGUGUUUCUUGCCAAUUCUUGACCAUAGAAGUGGAGCCAAUAUGAUUCACAAUGUUGUCUAUAGCUGUGGGUCCAAUUUUAGUCGGCUGAACUAUAGUAGGUUCUUCACUGCUAUUCUAGAGAGGGAUGAUGAGCUUAUCUCGGUUGCAUCCAUAAGGAUACAUGGGAAUUGUUUAGCUGAAAUGCCAUUCAUUGGGACCAGGCAUAUGUAUAGGCGCCAAGGAAUGUGUCGUCGGCUUCUGAAUGGAAUUGAAUCGGCUCUCUGCUGUCUUAAUGUUGAGAAACUGGUUAUACCUGCCAUCUCAGAACUUAUGCAUACAUGGACUUCAGUUUUUGGUUUCAUGCCCCUUGAAGAGUUGAAGAAGAAAGAAAUGAAGUACAUGAAUAUUAUAGUUUUUCCUGGUGUUGAUAUGUUACAGAAACCUUUAUUAAUGCCUCAGUUUUCCAGAGAAAAUCUCUUUUCAACUGCAGCUAUAAAGACCACUGAACCCCAAACUGAGCCUCAAAUCCUGCAUGAGAGAGCAGGUGAUUCUGAUAUAUGUUGCUCUACUGGGGUGAGUUCCAAGGUUUCUCAAGAGGUUGCAGUCCAUGCUUAUGGAACUACUGGCAUGGCCAGUGAUAAUCAAGUGCAGGACAACAAAGAUAUUAAGGAUUCCAAGGCUUCUGGGAGAAAUGCUCUUGAACAUGAUAGACCGUAUGUUAUAGAGGUGUCUAAUAAGCAACAGAAUGUUGGUUUUCACUGUAUUAAUGUUCCUCAAAAGGAGAACUCCAAGUUUUACCAGCACAGUAGUCUAGAAGUGGACACCAACUCAUCUUCUGUAUACCAGAUCCAAUCUGAUGCAGCAGAUGGUGUGAGAAGAUUGUUAGAUGCUAAUGGUCCUGAGGCUUGUGGUGGAAAUUCUCUUGAACAUAAUAAACAGUAUGCUAUGGUGGUUGCUAAUAAGCAACAUAAUGUUGAUUUUCACCCUAUGAAUGUUCCUCCCAAUGUGGAUUCCAGGUUGCUGCACAGCACUCCAAAAGUGGACACCAACUCAUCUAUCAUUUCCCAGGUCCAGUCUGAUGCCACAGAUGGUGAGAAACAAUCUUUUCUUGCAUCAGACAAUAAAGGUGAAGAAGAUGCUGAAUGUUUGCUAAAUGGAGUAGUUAAUGCUGUUGACCAUGUCCCUGUACUCCCUGCAGAAAUUAUUGUUCAACCUGAGAAUGCAGAAUGUGGAGCAGAACUAUAUUGUGAGUCUGAUGAUAUACUGUGUGGUCUUUCACCACAAUCUCUUUCUGGAGCACCAGAUGUUGGAAAUUUUUGUGAUGCCUCAAUUCCCAAGGAUGGAAACCCGGGUUCCUUUUGUUUGAGGGUUGCUCCUGGAAGUCAUGAACCGGAAGUAGUUGCUGAAGUUCAGAAUAGAUCUGUUACUCUUUGUGGGGAUUUGAGCAAUCCCGUUGGUGUGAGCCAAGCUUCUUGUGUGGUUACUGGGAAUGAUAAUCGUCAGAAAGAAGUUACUGCUGCUCAAACUGAUUCUCAUUAUCCUGAUGCAGAUUCUGUUCUGAACAAGCAUCAGAUGAGCACCGGCCAAUGCCAGAAAUCUGAGCCAGGCUCUCUGGUUGAUCACUCAAGUGUGUCAGUGGGUGAAUCUGGGCUGUUUUGUAGCAACCCAAAUUCCAGUCCUGGUCUAACUUGCAUCUCCACCUCUGGUGCUUGUAAUGCAUCUGGUAGUACCGAGGUAGAAUCCCGGUGCUGAGUUGAACAUAAUUUGAUGCAUAGAAUCCCGGUGCUGAGAAGUAUGCACUUUUUGUAGAGAUUUUUGUUGUUUGCAGCUUCUAUUGCAAGGGAUCUGCCUUUUGGAGAUAGGACAUUUGUAAAUAAUAAUUUGGUUCGAGUACUUUGUACUGCAGUUUGCAGAAGGCUAUCAAGAAAUGAAAGGUGCAUUGUAUAUCAACAAUCUAUCCUGUGGCAAAUGUGAAUGAUUAAACAUGAAGGGAGGGGAAUUUUCUUUCUGAGUUUGUUUUAUUGUUUAGUUGCAGCGCUGGAGAUUUUGCAAUGUAAAUAGACAAUCAGCCUUUUGACAGACAGGAAGCCGGGAAAGCUCAGUACAGCAUUUAAAACAGGUCUGAAGCUGUGAAGACUUGAGGAGCAAGCCAUUAGUCUUUAGAACAUAAAAGGUGGUAACUUUAAAUAGCAAAAAAAAAAGAUGGUAACUCUGUACUUUGUUAGUCAUAGAGGCAUAACUGUUGGCCUGUUGUCAUUAGUACUUUUGUCUGCAGAUUCUCUUCCUCUGUACCGUGCUCUCCUUGUAGGUGUUGGGUUACCAAUUGCUGAUUGCUAAAAUAUUUGGGGUUAUCUCUUUUCUUUUUC